UGAAUUAUGAUUAUUUUGUAGAUUGCGUUGUUGGCUGUUAUGAUUUCAGAGAGGUUGAAUGUCUACUGCAGGGAGCCAACUUGCUUGCGUCAUCACCCGUUGCCGUCUGUGCAGUAUGACGUGAUAACACCGCGACUCGCCGCCCGACUUUGGAGUGAGCUUGAUCCCCUCUCCCCCGGCGCUGAUCGCUCUCCUGUGGCCGGCGCACGAAGCUCCCUCGAGCCGCACAUGAACGGAGCCAUGGCCGCGUCCUCGCACCGGAUCACGCUCGGGCCGCUGGUCGCCGCCAUCGACCAGGGAACCAGCUCCACUCGCUUUCUCGUGUUUAACGCCAAAACGGCCGAGCUCCUCAGCCAUCACCAGGUGGAAAUCAAACAGAGCUUCCCCAAAGAAGGAUGGGUGGAGGAGGACCCCAAAGAAAUCCUGAAUUCGGUGUUUGAGUGCAUGGAGAGGACGUGCGAGAAACUCACCCAGCUCAACAUCGACAUCUCCAACAUUAAAGCUAUCGGAGUGACCAAUCAACGAGAGACCACGCUGGUGUGGGACAAGGAGACAGGGGAGCCCCUCUACAAUGCAAUCGUUUGGUUGGACCUGCGCACUCAAUCCACUGUCGAACGUCUAAUAAACAAAACUCCCGGAAGGAACAAGAACCAUUUGAAGCACAAAACCGGGCUCCCCAUCAGCACCUACUUCAGCGCGGUGAAACUCCGCUGGCUGAUGGACAACGUGGACGAGGUCCGAGACGCAGUCGUGUCUCACCGCGCCAUGUUUGGCACCGUGGACUCCUGGCUCAUCUGGUGUCUCACAGGCGGCAAAUCGGGCGGAGUCCACUGCACAGACGUGACCAACGCCAGUAGAACCAUGCUGUUUAACAUUCACACUCUGGAAUGGGACCCAGAACUUUGCAAAUAUUUUGGUAUCCCCAUGGAGAUCUUGCCCAGAGUGAGGAGUUCAUCCGAAAUAUACGGUCUCAUGAAAAUAUGUUCUAGCCGGAAAUCCGGAGCGCUCUCAGGUAUUCCCAUUUCAGGGUGUCUCGGGGAUCAGUCGGCAGCCCUGGUGGGACAGAUGUGUUUUCAGGACGGGCAAGCGAAAAACACGUACGGAACCGGCUGCUUUCUGCUGCGAAACACUGGACCCAAGCCUGUGAUGUCUGACCACGGACUUUUGACCACUGUGGCAUACAAGCUGGGCCGGGACACACCUGCCUGUUAUGCACUGGAGGGCUCUGUGGCCAUUGCGGGAGCUGUGGUUCGUUGGCUGCAGGACAAUCUGGGAAUCAUCGGGUCAUCUGAAGAACUCGAGAAGCUGGCCGCGUCAGUCGGCACAUCCUACGGUUGCUACUUUGUUCCUGCGUUUUCGGGUCUUUACGCUCCUUACUGGGAGCCCAGCGCAAGAGGGAUCAUCUGCGGGUUGACUCAGUUUACGAACAAGAGCCACCUGGCGUUCUCUGCACUGGAAGCCGUCUGUUUCCAGACACGGGAGAUACUGGACGCCAUGAAUCAGGACAGCGGCAUCCCUCUAACUCAGCUCCAGGUGGACGGAGGAAUGACGUCCAACAGGUUGCUCAUGCAGCUGCAGGCGGACAUUCUCUGUAUCCCCGUUGUGAAGCCGUCCAUGCCAGAGACCACGGCGCUGGGGGCGGCGAUGGCAGCCGGAUCAGCGGAGGGCGUGAGCGUGUGGAGCCUGAAGCCCGAGGACCUGAGCGCAGUCACGUCGGAGAAGUUUGAGCCUCAGAUCAACCCCGAAGAGAGCGAGCUGCGGUACGCACGGUGGAAGAAGGCGGUUCAGAAGUCCAUGAACUGGGAGACGACGGAGCCCGUGGGUAACGGAAACGGUGAAACCAGCAUCUUCUGCAGCGUCCCCCUGGGCUUUUUCAUCAUGGGCAGCAUGUUGAUGUUAGUCGGUGCCAGAUACCUUGCAGGCCCCCGCUAGGCUCAAUUCCGGAGGCUUUGCAAGACAGAGGGAAAGUGGGAACAAACUGUCAACCUCCAUUCCAGAGGGACCAAUUGGAAAUGACUACUGGGACUUUGAUGUGUUUGUUUCUUCAUUCUGUUUGCAGGAGUGUGCAUGCAGCGUUGUUGUUUUUUUGUACAAUAUUGCCAGGGAAGGAUUUGAGGUUAUUUAUGUUUAAAGUGGUUGUUGUAACCUUUCCAAAGUGGUAGUCAUUCACAUGAUCUCCCAGCUGUCAUCUUAUAUAUAUAUAUAUAUAUAAGAUAUAUAUAUAUAUAUAUAUAAAAUGUGUAAAGUUGGGAUUUGGGAAAAGGAGAGUAUUGAUUCCAUAAGGAAUGUUUUGGGUAAUUUCCCAGGAGGGCCAAAAAUCUGCAAAGAUCGUUAAAGGAUGAAGGCUGUUUAUAUAUUAUCAUGUCAUCCCAGCUCGGUUGUUUUAAGGUCAGGUUUGAAAGAGAUAUUUAUUGCCACUGAAUGUAAAAUGCAAGCAGUCUUGACGAAGCAGCUUUAUUGAGUUGAUAUUUUUGUAGUGUUACAUUGGAACUUUAUUCUGCUGUGCUGUACAGUCCGGAUUAGAAGAAUGAACCUGGAAGUAGUAGGAGUAAAAUGAAGGUGGAUUUUAAAUGUAAAUAAAAGCAGUGCUUCCAA